UGAAGUUACUAUGUAAACUUGAGUUUGAGAUUGUGUGUUGAUUUUACUAAUCAGUAAUCACCAAUGUGUCUGGUAGAAAAUAGUAAGAAAGAGAAAUAGAAUCUGUUUAAGUCAGCAUUUAUAUUGUUUCAAGAAAAAUUUUGUAAGGGUCUUAAAUGUUCACCGUCCACGAGAAUUUGUAUGCAAUGCUACUGGAAAAUGACAGCUGUAUUGUUUACAACCUCAUUGUUAUGUGUGAAUUUUGUGCUUGCUGAAUAUGGCCUAUCCCAAUGCCGGCAAUGAUGUAUGUUCGAGUAAUUAUAACGAUUUCGUAAAUGAAAUAGUUGAUGAUUUGUCUGUAGUUCCUUUAGAAAAAGAUAGUUUCGCGAUAUGUGAGCUAUGUGGUAGAGUUGGUAGAAGAAAUCAGUUCUACCCAAAAAACAACAAAUUUUGUUCUUUUCGAUGUCAUGCCAGUAGCACAAGGAAGAAGUGUUGUAAUUGGAAAUUUAAGCUAAUGGAAGGGGCAGAACAUAUGGCUGGCAUGAUACCCUUGGAACCUUUGCCCCAACUGCAGCAUUGGCAGGCUACAUAUAGUGACUUACAGGCGGGACCAAUUAAGCAGUCAGCUGCUGUGUUAGCAAAUAGUUAUGAGUGGAAAGAUGAACUAUUUGGUUGUGACUUCCUUGCAGCCCCUGUCAGUUUAUUCAAACAUGCCCCACUUCAUGAAAUGUGGGAUAAUACAUUUGAGGGCAUGAAGGUGGAGGUAAAAAAUACAGAUGUAGAAAAUUAUUCAGAAAAAUUAAAUGACUUCCUUUGGGUUGCAACUGUGUUAAAGGUCAAAGGAUAUAUGGGACUACUAAGGUAUGAAGGCUUUGGCAGUGAUGAUACAAAAGAUUUCUGGGUGAAUUUAUGCUGUUCUGAAGUCCAUCCGGUUGGAUGGUGUGCAACACGAGGGAAACCUCUUAUACCUCCCCGGAGUAUAGAGGAUAAAUACACAGAUUGGAAGAAGUUCCUAGUCAAACAAUUGACAGGUGCAAGAACUUUGCCUGCUAAUUUCUACACCAAGUUGAAUGAUAGUCUUGUGUCCAGAUUCACCAUUGGCUCUAUUAUGGAAGUUGUGGAUAAAAAUAGAAUUUCUCAAGUAAAGGUAGCAAGUGUAUGUGAAAUAAUUGGUAAACGUUUACAUGUAAAAUACUAUGACAGUUCACCCGAAGAUAACGGUUUUUGGUGCCACGAGGACUCGCCUUUAAUACACCCUGUGGGGUGGGCCUUCCGAGUUGGUCACCCAUUAGACGCCCCCCAGAAUUAUUGCCAACGCGUAGCAGCUGGUCGACUAUUACCCAACGAUACAACAGCUGAGAUGUUCUACAAAUAUCCAACGAAUGAACCACCGCUGUUCCAAGAGGGAAUGAAGUUAGAAGCGAUCGAUCCAUUGAAUUUGUCUGCGGUGUGUGCGGCCACCGUUAUGAGGAUUUUGAACGAGGGUUACAUGAUGAUAAGGAUUGAUUGUUACCCGGCUGAUGCAACUGGUGCUGAUUGGUUUUGCUAUCACCAACGAUCACCGUGUAUAUUCCCUGUUGGAUUUUCACUCGCAAAUAAUAUCCCUUUGGUACCGCCUAUUGGAUUUAAAGUGGAGGACUUCACCUGGGAGGAUUACCUAACAAGGAGCGGCGCGCGCGCAGCUAGUCGCACAGUAUUCGCGGCGCGAGGUCACGUGGUGUCACACGGCUUCGUCGCAGGCAUGAGGCUGGAGUGCGCUGAUCUCAUGGACCCACGGCUGGUCUGCGUCGCCACCGUGGCAAGGGUAGUGGCUGACUUGUUGAAGGUACACUUCGAUGGUUGGGGCGGGGAAUAUGACCAGUGGCUAUGGGCGCACAGUACGGACGUCUACCCCGUGGGCUGGUGCAGAGCCGUCGGUCAUCGCCUUGAAGGACCGCAGCAGCCUCCACCGAGAGCUAGAAAAGUACAUCCCAAACCAGCAAGACGACGGCGGAAACAAGUCACCAAAGUCGCUCCCCAACCGCCAAAUACAACGGAAGACAGCUCUCAGAACUCGGAUAUGGGCGAUAACAAAAGCGGCUCAGAUAUCGCAGACACCAAGAGCUCGUCACCGACCAGUGCAUCAGAAGCCUCUCACGAACGUGUAGAAUUGACCCCCGUGAAAAUGGAUGUUGACAGUGAUGUUAAAGUGGAGAAGAAAAUACCAAAACUGGAAGACCUCGGUCAAGAGGACCUGGUUAAAGUACCAAUCGAAACUCCCAAAACGGAAGACAUAGCGGAUUUAAAAAUGGAAGUUGCCUCCGUUCCUGUAAAAAGUCCGGGAAUACCUGAAAAUGCUGAUGACAAAAUCAUUCCCAGAUUAGUGAACACAUCGGUUCCAUUGGACAUACUUAAUUCCGUAGACCCUGAAAACUGGAGUACCUCUGACGUCGCCAAAUUCCUGACCGUCAACGAUUGUCAACCGUAUUGUGUCAAUUUCAGCCAAAUAAAUGGACCAAUGAUGCUGCAACUGUCAAAGGAUGAAAUCAUAGAAUUGCUCGAAAUGAAAGUCGGUCCAUCUCUUAAAAUAUUCGACUUGAUUCAGCAGCUUAAGUGUAAAAUUAAGCAACCUCAAUGCAGACUUAUGGGCGGCUUUAAAUAGAGAGAUAGAGAAAUAAUAUCGGCUGUGUUUAAAGCGUGGUCAAUAUGUCGCAGUAAAGUAGUUAAAUCAAAGAGUUGAUUGAAUCUCUAGACAGUUAAUUAAAGAUCGAUAUUCAAUCAAGUCGCUUAAGUUCCGUCAGACAAGUGACUGAACGAAACGUUUAACGAGUUAGUACUAAACGUUCCUAGGCAACAAUUAUUAAUUUACAAUAAAACAAAAACACGGAAUUUCCAAGCUCUCUCUGGAUUUCGGUCAGAUAGAUAGUUAAACGUUUUCGACGCUGCUUUAUUUAAAUCAAAAUACUAGCGACUUAUUUGAAUAUCGAUCUUUAAUUAACUGUCUAGGGAUUCAAUUAACUCUCUGAUUUAACUAUUUUACUAUGACAAAUAUACUAGAGCAGGGCUUAUAGCGACACCCAGCCAAGCGAUGACAUCGGAUCAUAGUGAAAUAACUAAGCAAGUGUUACAAAUAUCCGUAAGUUUAAUGGGAAUCGCUUUCGCAGUGUGUAAUUUAUUAUUAGUAUUAAGAAUUUUUACACAUAUAUUUAAAUACACCAUUUUAUAUUGACAUUUCAAGCGUCGCUUGGAUUUUGCUUUCAGUAUUUAAUUUUUAACAAUUAUUAUGAUGAUGAUAUGAUGAAAUAAUAUUGAAUUGUGUUAUGAAAAUGUGAUAAAUCCUAAAAUAAGUUGUGCGUUUAAUCAUUGGAUCAUUCUUGUAUUAUGUAUAAUUAUUUAGUAAAAUUAUUUAGAAAUGUAUAAGAUACUGUAGGAGUGCUUAAUUUUGUUAUACAAUGUAUGUGUAAAGAAAAAAUAUUUUCCCAAAAAUUGACGAAAAUGCAGAAUUAUGAGAAUUUUAACUGUUUAUCGCGAAUCAUAUCAUAAUUCGGACAUUUAAAUUAAUAAUUAAUUGAUAUUUGUAUGACGAAACAAUGCCUUUUUAGCGAUAUAUUUAGUGUUUGUUGUGUUUUAGCAUUUAGACAAUCAAAUAAAAUAUUUUUAAAGUCAUAA